AGCAUAAUGUAUAGCUUUAGUACUAUAAGUUAUUUAAGUAAUAAGUGCUAUUGAAAACAUUGUUUUCAGUCAAGUCAUAAAGUAAUUUAUUGUGUGUUAUUCAACUAAAAGUCAGCAGCAUAUUCAAAACAUGAGACAAUGCAUAAAAUAAACACAAGCAAUAACAUUCAAUAACAAUAUAACAAUAUGAGGGGAUAUAUAGGCACUAUCACUGUAACACAUACAUCACUAGCAACAAGAAGAAUGAUGAACAUCCUAUUGAUAAUCCUAUCAGUUGUACUAGUAGUAUCUACAUUGACUGGAUCUACUAACAAUUACUACAAUGAACCUGUUGGUAAUAAAGGAUUGACAGAUUGUUCUAUUACUAAUGAUUAUGUUACAAUAACUAAUGUAUCAUCAAAUAUAUUUGGGCAAACAAUGAAACCAGGACAUAAAGUUUACUUCAAAGGAAUCAUAACUUUAAAAAAGGAAUUCAAAUGGGGCAUUAUGAAUGCCAAAAUAACACAUCAGUUUAAAAAUUAUGUUAAUCUCACUUUUGAAGAUUCAAACUAUAAUCUCUGUGACAUUAGCGUCUCUGUAACUGGCAAGUAUUGUCCGUUGAAACCUGGAUUAUACCAUGGAAUAUAUAAAGACACAAUUCCUUCAGUUCUGUGGCCAGGCAAGUAUAUUUUCAAAAUUAUUGGCUAUAAUGAAGAUAAUGUUGAACUAUUCUGUGCAAUGACAGAAGUUAAUGCUGAGAAAUGAGUAACUCCUAAUUAUUCAACAUAAAUUUUGUGACUAAAAAUAUGAAUU